GUGUGCAGGCAGGCUUAGACUGCAGCUCAGAACAGGACUGAAUACAAGAGAAGCUGGAAGGAGAGUCUGCAUGGCCCGUCAGCAACGCACAGGAGCUACCAUAGCUGGUGCCAGUGAGGAUUUAGAUCCUGAAGCCAUUUCCCAUGUACCCCAAGAGAAGCUGAAGAAACUAAAGGCUGCAUUAGAAAAAGGAGACCUCACUGCAGCAGCAAAAAAUGCCCAAGAGAUGCUAGAUGAUGCAGAAAAAAUUAGUCUCCAUAUUGCCAUCACAGGGGUCACAGGCUCUGGCAAAUCAUCCUUUCUCAAUGCCAUGCGUGGCCUGGAUGAUGGAGAUGAGGGUGCAGCUGACAUAGGAGUGUUGGAAACAACAUCUAAGCCUGCUCCUUUCCCACACCCCCAGGACCCCAACAUCACCUUCUGGGACCUGCCAGGGAUUGGGACGCCAGCAUUUCCAGAGGACACCUACCUCCAACAAGUAGAGUUUGGCCGCUACGAUUUCUUCAUCAUCAUCUCUUCCACGCGGUUCACAGACAAGGACAUCAAACUGGCCCUUGAGAUCCAGAGCCUGGGGAAGUCCUUUUACUUUGUGCGCUCCAAGGUGGAUCAGGAUUUGGACAACGAGCGAAGACUGUACAAUGAGUCAGGAUUCCUGAAGAAACCUUCUGCUUCACGCUGACUUCACUACAGCGAGGCCGCAAUCCUGGAUAGCAUCCGAGAAAACAGCAUCUGCAACCUGAGGACGGGAGGGGUGGAGUCCCCACGGGUUUUCCUUGUCUCGAGGUGGCACUUUGACAAGUACGAUUCUCCCCAGCUGCAGGACACUCUUGUGGACGAGCUCCCCAGUCACAAGCGUCUCACUUUUCUCCGCUCCCUGCCCAACAUCUCUAAAGAGACUUUGAAGAAGAAAAAGAAACGCUUGAUGACACAGAUAUGGCUCAAAAGCUUAGCUUCAUUAGGAGCUUCUGCUGUUCCUGUGCCAGGCCUUUCUACUGUUUGCGAUGUAGCUAUUCUGGUGACGUCCCUGAAACAGUACUGCCAGGACUUUGGCCUGGACAAAGAGUCCCUUGCCAAGCUUGCUAGGCACACGAACAAGUCCUUCAAAGAGCUGAGAGCUGUGAUAAAAUCUCCCCUGGCCGAUGAAAUCACAAAAGAUCUCGUCAUUAAGCUCCUGUUGAAGACGGUAGGUGGGGCAGUGCAAUACCCUCUGUUGUUCCUGAAGGCCAUCCCCGUGGCGGGCACUGUGAUUGGUUCAGCGGUGUCAGCUGCCAUUUCUUUUCCUACCACGUACUUCAUGUUGCGGGGGUUCCUGGAGGAUGUUGCUGAUGAUGCCAUACACGUGCUGGAAAAAGCUUUGGAGAGGGAAUCAUCUAAAUCAGAUGAGCCCCAGCAAUAAGUCAGCACUGGCUCUGCGAGAGGGAUGCACGAAGUGGGAACCCAUUGGUGCUGUCUUCCUUGUUGCCCUGUUCCUGGGAAAGCAGCCUAAAGCUAGCCACAUGCUUAGGAAAUGCCCAGAAAACACCUUCCCUACAAGCCUGCAACUCCCCGGGCACCUUGAGCCCAGUGCCCACGUUCUGUCUUCUCAUAGACAAUGAUGGUUGGAAGGGAGCUCAGGAGGUCACAUCUAGUCCAACCCCUGCUCCAAGCAGGACCAGCCCCACCUACAUCAUCCCAGCCAGGGCUUUG